AUGAACAGUUCAGAAUUGAACAAACGCAAAGACUUUUUUGGAGAGGCUGUUUUCAAAAACUUCAUUGUGGUCUUGUUUGGUAUCAUUAUCAAUUGUAUUAACAGUUUGCUGGUUUAUACUUUCUUCAAGAACCCUGUCUUCGCUCAGGAGCCCCGCUAUAUCCUCUACAUGCAGCUGAUCAUCAAUGACAUGGUUACACUGUCUUUCACUGUGACUUUGUUUGUGCUUUCUUACACACUACCAGGCUUUAAUGUUGCUGUCUGCUGCAUCAUCAUCUUAAUUGGAAGCAUUGUCUACAGGAACACACCCCUAAACCUGGCCGGCAUGGCUAUUGAGCGCUUUGUGGCCGUCUGCUACCCUCUACAUCAUUCACGAAUAUGCACCAUCCAAAACAUCAAAAUCCUGAUCUGCAUCAUCUGGCUGGUGGGAGCUUUGCCAGGUGUGGUGGACCUGCUUGUGCUCUUAAUUACUCGUCCACUCUCCUUCUUCACUUCUAGCCGCGUGUGCCUCCCCCACAAUGUGUUCGACUUUGAAUACUAUGUAAUAAGUAAGACCGUUUUUAACGCUGGCUACAUGUGCUUAGUGUGGGUGCUGCUCUUCUACACUUAUUUCAAAGUGCUGUUUUCUGCUAAAGCAGCUGCUUCAGAACCAGCACAAGCACAGAAGGCCCGGAAAACCAUUUUACUGCAUGGAGUCCAGUUACUGCUCUGUACACUGUCCCUGUUCACAACUUUCCUGGAUGGGGCCUUAACAACUCUCUUUCCUUUCUACCAGUCUGUAAUCUUUUUCUGCAACUUCAUUUUCACCAGCAUUUUACCACGUCUGCUGAGCCCACUCAUAUAUGGCAUGAGGGAUCAAAAGUUUAAAAAGUACAUGAAGAGUUCACUGAUGUGUGGCUCCGACAAGAGAGUUAUUGACCCUUCUGAUUAG